UCUGCUUUUGGGGAGGAGCUGCUCUGAGACGCUGUGUUUGCAGCGGUGAUUCUGGUGAGGGGUUAAGAGGCGAGAUACAACAUUAGGCUCAAACCUGGUCUGGAAUUGGACAGAUACUCAACCUCCAUGCAGUGCCAGGAGCUCCUCGUGCGGGGCCUGAGCUUGGGGAUGAUCCUGGGUGGGGUAAUGCACUUUAUAUGUCUCAGGAAGUCUCACGCUGCCUACGGCCGCUACGUGGACACCUCGGGCAGCUCCAUGAUGGUGCCCGCAAGGCUAGCCUGGUUCCUCCAGGAGCUUCCCGCUCUCCUGGUGCCGCUGCUUUUGAUGCUGAUCACGGAUGGAAAACACAGCACCGGGAAACACCUGAUGCUCUGGACCUUCUGCCUGCACUACUUCCAAAGGAGCUGCAUCUACUCUCUGCUGACCAAAGGGCGGCCGUAUCCGUUCAACAUCAUGCUGACAGGGAUGGUGUUUUGCUCUAUUAAUGGCUUCCUGCAGGCACACUAUCUGCUGCAUUGUGCUACAUAUCACAACACAUGGUUUUCUGAUGCCUGUUUACUAGCCGGCCUGAUAAUAUUUUUCAUAGGAAUGGGAGUCAAUAUUCACAGUGACCACAUUCUUCGCAGCCUGAGGAAACCUGGAGAAAUUUCCUAUAAAAUCCCAAGAGGCGGCUUGUUUGAGUAUGUGUCUGGUGCAAAUUUCUUCGGGGAGAUGGUACAGUGGCUGGGCUACGCUGUUGCUACCUGGUCCUUACCCACAUUUGCUUUUGCUUUUUUUACAAUUUGCUUCAUAGGCCCGAGAGCCUAUCACCAUCACAGGUUCUAUCAUGAGAAGUUCAAAGAUUUCCCCAGAUCAAGAAGAUCUCUCAUACCCUUCAUCUUUUGAGAAGAUAAAUGUAGUUGCGUUGCGUUCUGUCAGAAGAAAAGAAUUCAUCUUCUUAAUUGCUACAGUGUAGACCUUUUUCCUUUUGGUUUGUUUUCAUUACCUGAUUUAGCAUACAGUAUGUGGGAAUUAUUGGCACUAAUUGGAAAUAUAUGACUUGAAUAUAUGACUUGAAUAUGUUACCAGAUUGUGUGUAAUGGUUUUGACUUCCUGUAUGAUAAAGGAUUAAUCAUAUAACAGGACAAUUUACUACAACUUAAUCUUUUUUAUUACUUGUACAGUAUGUUAUUGCUGUUGUUAGUAUAUUUGUGUGUAACUGUGUAUAUAUCCCAGCUUAAUAUUAAGAGACAACUGUAAGUUGGUUGAUUUACCCAAAAAACAUGAGCAUCUCCGCCACCUUUGAUUCAACCAAUUGCAUGAUUUUGUGUAAAGGAUUAUCUGUUGGCUGAACAAUGACUGUCAGCAUGUUUGGUAAACCUGACUGAAAUGAAUCAUUAUUUUGGUGAUGCUAUGAUGCAUUAUUUCACUUCAUAUUUAAAGAAGAAAAUAUAAUGAACAGAAUAAUGAAAUCAUGUGUUUUUUUUAUAAAAUGCAAAACUGCAUGCAUUUUUUUUUUUUGCGGCUAAUCGAUGACUCACCGCUAUUUUACUGUAGUUGUCAAUCACAGGCAUUUCUGUUGAAAACAAUGGCCAAUCAGUGGUGAUAACUGAGUUUUCUUGCGAAUAAGCUCAGGCUCACUUUCUGUAGGUUACAUAAUCCAUUCAUAAUUUGAAAAAGGUUUUGUAGAGGACCAAUGUCCAUGUAUACUGCAAAGUUUCAGAAGUGACAUUUAAUUACGAGAAUAAAUCCGCUAUAUUCUUCUGUAAGUCACUCCAGAAAUUGAUAUAAUUGAAAGCAAUAAAGUGGCAAAAGGUCCUCUGCAGCCAUCUACUGGUGAUAGUGGUAAUUUAAUGUCAUUUUCAUUUGGAAAGUGUUUGUUUUCCAUCAGAUGUCAAAAAUUGUCCACUAAAGCAGCAGGUUUUCCAUGUUUUCUCCAUGAAUAAAAAUGAGAAAUGUAAAUCUUCUUUAAAGUGAAUUUACAGUACAACUCAGAAAAUAAUAAAAAAAUGUUUUAAAUUAGGGAUGCACGAUACCAUUUUUUAAGGACCGAGUACGAGUACCUAUACUUUUUUUCUGAUACUUGCCGAUACCGAUGCCUAUACAUUUAUUAAUUUCUCUCUCUCAUAAGCUCUUAGUUUGUAGCUGGUGCAUGUAAUUUAAGCUAUAACGAUGUUGUGAUGUUGAAGUAUAAAUGGAUGUUGUUUGGAUAGUAAUUUGUGAUAUUGGGCUAUAUAAAGCCCAUUUGAUGUUAAUCAAGAGGUGUUAUGUUUCUGCGGCCAACAAAGAAAAUGUUUGUCUGAAAACAUUUCUUGUUUG